AUGCGGCUGCAGAUUCCAGACGCAGGGCCUCUGCGGGGGGCCGGGGAGGGCCGCACGCUGGUCCCGGCAGCAUCUGCCCAGCCGAGCCUGCUUAAAGGGACCGUGCGGUCGCUGCCCGCCCGGGGCGAGGCUGGGUGGUGUGGUCAGAUGGCCCUCCUGGGGUGGGUGCACAGGAUGAAUGGGAGUCUGUGUGAGCAGGGAGGGGACACGGGGCGGCCCUGCGGCUGUAGCAGAACUAACCUCCUCCCAGCCCGCUCUCCACGCUCCGAGGCGAACGUGACCUUUCGGGGCUCUCUGACCCCAGGAGGAAGGAGACGUUCCCGCAGGCAGCCACAGGAACGUCUGCAUGAGGGGUGUCCUGCAGGCCACCUGACCGUGACGAUGCCGAAGGAAACCCAGAGCCCCGAGGGCCUCGAAGACUGCCGGCGGCGGAGCCGCAGCGUCUCCUGGCUGCACUUCACAGGCAGAGACACCCCUGUUUUCAAGGGAGAAAUGGGCUCAGAGAGGCUGAGUGACUCUGGAAGGUUUGCCCAGCUGGUGGGCGAGGGGAGCGUCCUGCACGCCAUUCCCAGGGACUCUGCUGAUCACCUCAACCGGACAUCACAGCGAGGCCAGGCUCCCCGGCAAGCCGGCCUGCGGUCGGAACAGGAUGGCUGGAGCCGCUCCCAAGGCUCCCGGAGCGGACGGGGCUCGCCCGCGGGGCUGAGCGCAAGUCCCCAGCCGGGGAGCCAGAGGCGGGGGUGGCCGCACUGCCAGGGGCCAUGGUGGGCCACGCUGCGGGCUCUGCCACCCCUCUGUCAGAACCAGCAGGAAUGCCAGGCCCCCUUUGCACCCCUGCCCCCUAAAGCCCCCAAGACCACCGACUUGGGCCUCCCCCCUCCCGGGAAGCAGAGAGAAAGGGGCCCGGCCCUCCUGCUGGUGGCCUCUGUGUAG